GCGCCCUUAUGCAGUCGGUCUGUCAAGUUCUCUCAAGGGAAUGUGCCACAGGGAAGGCUACGAACAAAGUUAGCGCGCAGGUCAAGUCCAAUAUAAAGCAGUGAAUAGUCCCCAGGCACCCAAGGUGACCAUGAUGCCUACCACCGCUAUGGGGAAGAAGCUGGAUCUCUCCACACUGACAGAGGAGGAGGCCCAGCACGUGUUUCAGGUCGUCCAGAGAGACUUUGACUUGAGGAAGAAAGAGGAGGACAGACUGGGGGAACUAAAGACGCAGCUAGAGAAGGAGGACACCAAGAGAGAGCUGCUGGGCACUGGGACCAGCCUGACAGAGUCCCACUGCAUCCGCUGCCUGCAGCCCUUCAAGUUCCUGGUGAACAGCAAGCGCCAGUGUCUGGACUGCCAGCUAUACGCCUGCAAGGCCUGCAGCCGCUACAACAAGAAGGAGCACGGAUGGGUAUGCGACCCCUGUCGCAUGUCCAGGGUCCUCAAGAUUGGCACUUUGGAGUGGUACCAUGAGAAUGUGCGCUCCCGUUUCAAGCGCUUUGGCAGUGCCAAGGUGAUGCGCUCGCUCUACAAGAGGUUGAGUGGCGAUCUCAGCGCCUCCCAGAGUGACCUGAGAGAGCUUCGUGAGGAUGACACACACAGCAUGCCCGAAAGCCACACAGAUCUCUAUGAUGAGAACAACAUGGACACCGUGGCAGAUGGACGACACUACAGAGCGAGUCCACAGAGCAGUCUGGAGGGAGGCACACGGGAGUCUCUGACAGCCGAGGCUGACAUGGCCUGCAUGUUCCAGCAGAUCCUGGAGGAGCAGGGUGAGAGAGACCCCGAGUUCAACACUGAGAUCCUCCACAGCCGCCAGAUGAGUCUGCUGGACAAGCCGGCGUGCUUCAGUGAGGACGGCCCCCCCGUCUAUGAACUCUCUAUUCGGCCAGACGAGGUGCCGUACCCAGGGAACUGGAUGAUGCGGGCACGAUCCUUCUCCAGGAUGAGCCAGUCUUCGAGUUCCAGUGCCAACAACGGGCACCUCCGCAGCAGCGGACAACUGUAUGGCCUGGAGGACUCGGAGGAAGAGGAAGAGUACCAGCGUCUGCCGUCGCGCCGACGUAGCCACUUCUCCUCACAGGAAAGCCUCAACCACGGGGCGCCGCCACAGAUAACUGAGCUGAACAGACGCAUGUCGGUCAUUGAGAAACUACUUAACCGUCUGGAACAGAAAGUGACAUCCCCCUAUGACCAGGGCCAAUCCUGUACUUCUCCCCUGCCCCAGUGGGAGGAGGUGGACCUGGAGGAACUGCAGCUGAGACAGAAGCUGGACCAGCUGACGGGCAACAUCAGUGACAAGGGCCUGUCCUCGGAGGAGGAUGAACCCAAGAGGCCCCUGUCCCCCAAGGAUAGCCCAGGGAGGAGAAGGCGCCUUAGGGGGGACGUGAGCCCAUCCGUGUCCCUCUCCAGACCCUCCUCCAGACCGGGCAUCAUGAUCAGCCCACCCAUCAAUGAACUGCUGGAGCCCUCUGAAGUACAGGCCUAUUUUUCAACAGGAUAUUCCAGGAGCCGCCGUGAGGACAGUUCUCUGAACCGCUACCGUCCUACCACCACCACGGAGCUGUUUGAGCUGGAAGGCAUGGUGGCGAUGGCCGCUGCCACAGUACAGAGCACAGUGAGCGAGGUGACAGACAUCGAGAACAAGAUCGCUGCCCUGAGUGCUGCUGGGAUGUCUGUGGAUAUGACCAGGAGAAAGUCAGCAGUCCCUCCCCAAAGAAGGAGAAGUGCCUAUGACCUUCCCACAAAAACCAGUAAUGGCACAGGGUCCAUGAGGAGGAAGUUGAGCAUCUUGUGACUGAGUACAGUGAUUCUCAUUUCUCCUGGAGCAGGAGUAAAUUUAGAAUACUGUGUUAAGUUCUUUCAUUGGCUAUAAGUUAUUGCGAACUGAACCAGGGUAUAAUGCCAUUAUCUGUGUGUGUGUUUGUUUGUUUAUUACAUUUAUCCAAUAUUAUUUCUAAUAAUAUUUAUAUUCAAGAUUGUGAAAUGUUAUGCUUCAUGUUUCAAUGUCUUAAUGCAUUUAUGUUGGGGGGAAAAAAUUAUGUAACUGCCAACUGUAUUAAAAUGUACUUAUGACUAGACUUAUUAGACAUCCAUAGUACAUGAACUGUAAUCACAUGUUUGAACUACUGUUGAAUGAGUCUGUUGAAAAGCUUUUUGUGGGUUGUUUGGAACUGAGAUUCUAGAGUAAUUUGCUUUAUUAACUUCAGAUGACACAAUUAUAUGUGGUGUUUUCUCCAGAGAAUUGCAGCUGUUUCUCAGAUAGGCUUCAUUCCAUAGGGUUCAUGGAACACUUUCUAUUAACCAAAUCUCAGUGGUCAAUUGAUAAACCAAUUCCAGGAGGCACAUAUGGUUCUCUAUUGGGUUCCUGUCUAUAUCCUUUCUGACAUCAAGGAGAUUGAGUCAUGGUCUGCGUCCAGACCCGGCGCCAGAACAAAUCAGUUGGACUGCCUUUGAUUUCCAUAGGGGGGCCCGUUUUUUCACAGAACCUCCUAUGUGUGCACACGCUUGCGCGUUCACAAUUGUUUAAAUGGCUGUAAUAGUAAAGACCAUAGGCAGCUUGUGAGUUUCAAGUUUGGGGAAGCUUACAAUUUAUCCUAUCAUUUCCACCGAUCUGUGUGACAGUAAUGAUUAUUUUUAUAAACACAUUUUCAAUAAUAACGUUUUCAUUUAUCAAAAUCACUGGCUUGGUGAUUAUCGAGGCCGGUAGUGUUGGAAAGAUUUUUCAAAUACUGAGGAACUAUCAUUCGCAAUGGAUGUUAAAAAAACAGACUUCAUUGACCUGUGUGAGAGGAAGAAAAAAUGAGUGGUGUUCAUGGUGAUUUAAGACAAUCAGAAGUUAGGCAUUGCCAAAUGGGCACUUUCCUACAUAUGCAUUCAUUCUGGAGAGAGAUGUACCAUAUCUUUGCCACACUCCCCCUACCCUUUUUCUUGAUGCAGCAUUUUAAAUUAUACUCAAGACACAUUAUCUUCACACAUAUUUUAGACGCUUUUCUCUGACAUGCGCAACUCAAUCAGCUAGACCUAUUGCCACGCACACUACCCACAUUGCAGCCUUCCCAAACACACUUCUGAUUUGAAACAAUCCACAGCAAAAAAAAUUUAAGAAGCAAAUUAUCCUCUGUGGCUAAGUCAUGCUCCCUGGUGAAGUUUUGAAUGAUUUUAUUUAGACAGGAGUAAUUAUAUAAUUUGGGCGAAACAUUUAUUUAUUUUAGGGCAAUCCAGCAUCUUAACUGUAGACUGUGCACCCGCCAACUUUCCUUUCCAAUUAGCAAGAGGCUGAAACCAGAGAUCUGUAUAUAAUGACAAGAUGCUCAUGUCUCCACCCUAACAAUGGGAGUCUUUGUCCCA